AUGAGUAGGCCAUGGCUACGUGGUCUCUUAUAUCCGCACCGAUCGAAGACUCUAGGAUUUAUAGAGAAAGGUGCAAAGGACCCCGAGGCGGAACGGCGUAAAUGGUUUGAUGAUGUUGAGUUGGAGAGCAGUACAGAAUUAUCAUCACUAGGUUUAUAUGUGACUGAUAUUGAGAUCAAAAUGCCAGCCCCAGGAAGCGACAUUGAUCUGAUAGCGCUGGUCAAGUGUGCGAACGAACCUCCCGAAAACCGCCAUGACCAAGAGAAGAGCCUUAACAUGCUUCGAGCUUACCUGGAGAAGGUUAAACAGAAACAGGAACACGAAAAGAAGGAGGCCGCCGAAAAAGAAAGCCAAGCUCAGGAUCAAUGGAGGAAGAAAGAUCAAAAACGUGGACCUUUCCGCAAAAAGAUCCAUAGCAUCCUCAAAGAAGCAACUCCCCUUAUCAAUAGCGCCUUUGAUUUUGUGUUGAAGGUGCUUUAUGGCGGCAUGAAAGCUUUGGAAGCAACAGUAUUUCUCGCUGCUGAGGCUACCUUCCAGACACAUUACGAGGUCGCAGUGAAAGCUAUUAUGCUAUUCAUUACGGUAUGCAGUUCCAUGAAGGCUUACGAAAGCGCUGGGAAACUUACUGAUGAAAUAAACUCCAUGUUUCAGAAAAUUGACGACUACGGACAAGAGAUGAAAGCUCUUCAGGAUAACAUCAAGUCCAUCCAAAUGACAAAGGCAAUAAAUAAACUCUUCGUCUCCAUUGUAGGGUUUAUAGUUGCUUGUGGUUCGUAUCUAAGCUACGGGACUCUCUCUAAGAUGGUCAGGUUUCUUGGGGGCGGCAACGAUAAGUUCGAUAAGCACCUUAAAGCUAUUAGGGAUGGUUACGCCGAAAUGGCUGGAGUGAUGACCUUUGCCCAGGUAAUGGUUAGCUUCUCGUCCCAUGACAAGAUUAAUCGUGUGAAGGAUAACACGGUAACAAUAAUGAAACAAUUGAGUCUACUGAAUGAAUCACUGACGCCUGAUAUGAGCCAACAACUUCGCAUGAUUUAUGAUCACUCAAUCUUUCAGACUGGGUUACACGUGCAAAACUUGCGGUCCGAUAUCUUUGAUGGACCAUAUGAGCCCUCAGAUGAGUUAGGUUUCAAUGAAAGGGAGCGAGUUUUUGUGUCGCCAAAGGACCGCUGGCCCAGGCAUUUACGUGGGUUUGGAGCAUUUGCUACGUCCCGUUUAGCUACAUCGAAAGGUUCUCGCCCUUUGAUGUGGAUUUCAGGGGAUCUAGGUCGGCGCAAUGUGUGCUGGGUGUCCUCUUUCUGCGUCGAUAUGAUCUCCUAUUCCAACCAGUUCAGCAACUUCGAUACGGUAUAUGCCUUUUGUAAGCGAGGCAGGGGGCGGCGGUAUUCCCCUACCCUUCUUAUCAAGGGAUUAGUGAUGCAGCUACUAGAAACCCAUGCGUUGGUUGUUAUGAAGAGACCGGGUCGCUUCUCUAAAACCCGUUUCAGCGAAGUUGGAACUAAAACCAGUCCAAACUCGGGGAACUUAGCCUGGCAGUUACUGGAGGAUAUCCUCCGGCUGAUUGAGACCGCACCAGAGUCCCAAGGCCGUGUUGUCUUGAUUGUAAUUGAUAGGUUGGAUCUAUGCGUGUCAGAGAUAGGUUUUAGUGUCCUAGAACAUCUCAUUCCACGACUACAAAGCCUCAGCUUUCGGAUAUCAAGGGUUCAAGUACUAAUCACAUCGGCAAAGUUCUCACCAUACGCGAUACCUACCUUACGAAGGGGCUCAGAGUGGCUUCAGGCAUACGGGAGAAAGAUACAUAGGAUAACGACAUGA